AUGAGCGUACUCCUCCGGGCUGAUCCAAGGGACGUGCACGACUCAGUGAAGGAGUUAAUUCUAUACAGCAGUCUAAACAAUGGCACAAGAAGUACCACAAAGAGGCGGCAAAUGAGUUGGAAAAAAAGAUCGCUUUACAAUGAGAGAUGGAAAGAAGACCGCAAGGUAAGAGGCCUGAAUAUGAAGAGACGAGAUGUGCAACGAUCGCGAAAUUUGGGUAGAAGCAAUAGGAGAGAUGUGAUCAAAGAGCAAAGGAGCUAUAGGUGUCGCAAGCUUGGGCACAUCAGUAAAGACUGCCCUUCGAGAGGAAGUGUGGCGAAACAAAGGCAGUAA